UACUCGAACACAAACAAAAAAGAUGUUUGAAGAUGAAUAACAUACAAUUUCAUCAUCCUCGUCUUGGAUGGAGAUAAUGAGCUGAAGAAAGUAGGCUUUUGUAGUAUCUAUUUGAAUGAUAUCUUUUGGAUUGGCUUUCGAAACUGACAUCAUAAAUAUCAGAAAUUUUAACCGAAUGUACGAGUUUCGCUACAAGGAAGAGAGGAUGAGUAGGUUUAUGUUAAGGUAUAUGUAGUUUGGAUGAUUUGGGUAGUGUUUUGAAUUUUUGAUAUAUACGGGUUUGGGUAUCUAAAUUUUUUGAAUAUGAAAUUCAAUCGGAUAUUUUGCUACUUUGGUUUAGUUUUGAUUCAGGUUUGGACUCGGAUAUAGAUUAAAAUGCCCUAGAUUAUAUUAUUAAGAAUCAGAAGUCAGGCCCAAUUAGCCCAAAUAAGAAAAGAGGCAUUAAGUAUAAAUCAUACACUCUUCGGCACCGCAGGUGAUGUGAUCACACAUAUCCUAGUAUUGAUUUGUUGACUCGUUUAUCUCUUCAUCUCCUCUUCCCCGCGUAAACUCUACCUCUGUCUGUAAACCCUAAUUCGCUCCGUUCAUUCGUCUCCUCCUCUAAGCAUUGUUCUCAGAGCUUAUUGAGGUUUAAGAAUGAAUAGCCAGCCAUCAUCCAGUGGAUAUCCGCAUACAAGAGUUGAUAAAGAGACAGGAAUGAAAGUUACAGAAAAUGGUGGGAAAGCUGGAAGUGUGGACACCCCUUCUCGUGAUCCGUUCGUGUACCUCACAACUUGUAAGAUCGGGCAUCAUGUCGAAGUUCAGCUGAAAAAUGGGUCGGUUUACAGUGGAAUCUUUCAUGCUGCUGAUGUGGAGAACAAUUUUGGAAUUAUUUUGAAAAUGGCAAGCUUGAUAAGGGAAGGCAGUGUACGAGGGAUGAAACCCCGAGCUCCUCUUGUCAGCAAGCCACCUUCAAAAGUAUUCAUUAUCCCUGCUGACGAAGUUGUGCAAGUUAUAGCUAAGGACCUUCCUGUGUACAGCAAUAACGUCUCAGAAUGCGAGAAACCGUCAGAGCUGUUGACAGACUCUUCAAUCUCACAGUCUUAUCAUGUUGAUUCGGAAAGAGAGCUGCAACGUUGGGUACCUGACGAAGAUGUUCCAGAUUGUCCUGAUCUGGAAAACGUGUUUGAUGACCCUUGGAAGAGGGGCUGGAAUCAGUUUGAGGUCAAUGAGACAUUGUUUGGAGUGACGAGCACUUUUGACGAGGAACUGUACACCACAAAACUCGAGAGGGGUCCUCGUACGAGGGAGCUAGAAGAGCAGGCCUUGAGGAUUGCUGGAGAGAUCGAGGGUGAGAAUACCCGAGAUCUCCACGUAGCAGAGGAGAGAGGGCUUCAGCUUAGUGGGAAGUUUGAUAUUGACGAGGAAACUAAAUACUCAUCGGUCUGUCCAGCUAAUGGAUUUGAUGAUUCGGGUUAUGACGAGGAAGAAGAAAUUCUGUUGGAUUGCCGUAAUAAUUUGACGUUUGGUGAUUCAACAACUGGUUCUAAUGGCAUCAAAUCUGCUUCAGCUGGCAAAGAUAUUCCUAUUCCAAGUCCAGGCAGCAAUAUCAGGAAUGAGAGCCAGCUUGCGGAGCAGAGAAACGGCAAAAUUCUAGAGUCAAAGCCGUCCGAGGAAUCAGUGUCUGGUCUUGAUGAUACUAAGGCAGACGCAGCAGCCUCUGAUCCUGCGAGUGUACAAUGGAGAGCUUCUGAUAAGCAAAGUUCCACUGAUGGAAAACUUGCCGGUCCACUGACUGACAGAGGGAAAUCUGAGUGGCCUGGAACCUCCAUUUCUAGAAAUCCAGAAAACUCUGCAGCUUCCUCAACCUCAAGUCUUCCAAUGCUAUCCCCAAGCUCUUCAAUUGGGUCUUAUUCUUCAGAAAAGUCCACACUCAACCCAAAUGCUAAGGAAUUUAAGCUUAACCCCAACGCAAAGAGUUUCAAACCAUCUCCAACAGCUACACGGCCUCAGUCUCCAGUUCCGGAAGGAUCAUUCUAUUACCCUCCCCUUCCACAGAUGACCGGAAUACACAUUGGAUAUGGAAUGGGAGCAGCAUUCCCUGGACAACAACCAAUGGUGUAUCAUAAUACAAUGCAGCCUGGUCCAAACCAAACAUUUUAUCCUCCAAAUGGUCCACAGUACCACCCACAACAAAUAAUCGCUGGUCAGCAGAGACCGGUUCUGUUCAUGCCGCCGUCCCCAUACCAACCGGAGAUGCCAUAUAAAGGAAGAGACUCUUAUUAGCUUUUGACCAAACUAUGAAUGGUGGUGGCACAAAGGUUUCGAAUAAUCUUCUGAUGGAAUGAGGUUUCCAGCACCGAAUCUUUAAUUUGUUUUAAUAUGAUAAAUUGUUUGAUGGUCCAUGGGAGAUAUAUUGAACAAUGAACACAUGUGAUAUUGAUAUAGUUUGUUUCGGACUAGAUUUAGAUUUAGAUACGGUUUUAUCUCACUUCUUUAUUCACUUGGGUCUCUCUGCUUAAACUAUAAUUUAUAGAUGUAUGACAUUCUAAGUUGGGUCUUUUUAUAUUUAAAAAAGAAAUAGGUUAGCAAAAAUGUUUUUUCUUCUUGUAUACUACCUUUUUCCUAAUUGACGGUUGUAGUUCAAUCUUCCAUAUACGUGUUAAGAGUUCUUUUUAAGUCAAUGAUUGGGGUCUGAAAGCGUAAUGUUUAAAUUUGGAGUUAUUAUGAUAAUGGGUUAAGUCUCUUUUUGGUUUUGUCUUAGAUGCUUCGUGUUUCCACUCAAAUCAUUAUCAUAUAAAUCUUCUCGUAGUUUCAGAAAUAAGAAUCUAAAGGUUAGGGGAGAUUUUGGCACUAACUUUGUCUUUUUUGAAAACAUGCCUAAAAUCAAAAUAAUUGAUUCUAAGAACAUCUAGAUAUUAUAAUGUUUUAUGUUAACACCUGUCACCGCUUUUGAAGCAUGAUAGUUACUCAUUUCUUUUCUCUACAGUUUUUUCUUAUAACAAUUUUUACAUUAUUUAAAUCUCACACUACAAUUCGAAGUCUCAAAACUAAGCAUCUCUCUACAAUUAGUUGGAUUAUUAGUCAUUUUUCAACUAUAAUGUUCAUCCCAAAGUAGAUGUCUUCCUAUAUUUUUGACAAAAAGAAGUCUUCCUAUAUUUAUUUUCCCCCCUGUAUUUUAAGUUAUUUUUUUCUGUUGUGGUUUUUUUUUUUUUAAACACUGAUUAUAUUAACAAAAUAUUACAUAGGUAGGAUUCAUUUUUGGAUUACAGUCCGGCAAGUUCUUCAAACCUCCGGAAACUAAAGCUCCAACAAAGGAGAGGCAAAGUCCCACACACGGGAAGACUAAAAGGAUAAUUACCAGAACCAAUCUAAAAUAGAAAAAGUGGGUAAACAGAUCAAAAUAAACCUUCACCUAAACGUGAACAAUAAAGCAUGAUGAUAAAUAGAGCUUCUUUGAACAAGGCAAAGCGAGGCUGCCAUCCAUGACUAAAACCUCUGGUUUGCGAAUCCUCCUAUGGUGAAUAGCCCAUGCAAAUGAAAGACCAUAGCUUCAAGCUCCAGAAGACAGAACACGACAUGUUCAUGAGUCAUCAACUGGAAAUCGAUGGCGGAAAUGGAUUGACACGCCAUAAAGAAGCCAAACUGAAGAGAAGAUCUCGAUCGAAUCUUUUAAGUAAAUGACAAGGAGUGAAACUACUCAUAACCAGGAACAACCAUGUUCAAGAGACUGAGAAGGUCGCAGAUCGAGACCCAGAAUGAGCCAAAGACAGCUUAAAAUCAACAUGCAAAUCAAUUAAACUACACAUAAGGUUAUAAGACAAAACCAGAUCUGUAGGAUACUAAUAUCCAACCCACUUC